AUGGCCAGCUCCUGGAUUGACAAAUUUCCGAUCACAUCAAGGCUAUUUUUAAAUGAGAUGAACGACAUUCUAGGAUUCAACCUAUCUCAUAUUAUAUCAAAUGGCCCAAAUUCCGAGCUUAAUAAAACCGAAAAUUCCCAGCCGGCUAUAAUGGCCACAUCAGUAUUGAUCCUUCGCAUACUGGAGAGGGAGUUCGGGUUCGACACGAAAUCACGGGUGAAUGUAACACUCGGACAUAGCUUGGGCGAGUUCUCUGCUCUGGUUGCUGGCGGCUAUCUUACUUUCAAAGACGCGCUGAAAUUGGUUCGUCGACGGGCGGAAAUCAUGGCGGAAUGCACGCGCCAGGCUUCUAAACAAUCCGGGGAGGAUUACGGCAUGGUGGCUCUGGUUUGUGAACCAGAUCACCUUGAGUCCUUACUCUCCACCAUAUUUGAAUUUACAAGCCACACGUCGUCCAGUUUCAACGAUGACUUGAGCUUCGGAUCACCCCCAAUUCAACAAGUUGCAGUUGGAAACGUCAACUCCAAAAAUCAAAUAGUACUGAGUGGAAGCAUGUCAAAGAUAAGCACUCUUCUCAUCCAAAUUCGUCAAUUCGGGGGUCACGACCCGCGUGCAGUGAGGUUAAAGAGCGAGAGUCCGUUCCACAAUCCAAUAUUGGCACCAGCUGCAGGGUACAUGGGACAGGAACUAGACAAUGUUCAAAUAAAAUUCCCUGCCCAUAUGCCGUGUAUUUCAAAUGUGUCUGGUCGGCCUUUCAAAUCUGCGGAAGACCUCAAAGGCCUGUUGUCUAGGCAAUGUGUUGAAACUGUAAGAUGGUGGGAAAGUAUUCGUUAUCUUGACCAGGAGCGGGGGGUAAAGAGAUGGAUUGGCAUUGGACCAGGCAAGGUUGGCAGGAAUUUGGUCGGCAAGGAGGUUGGCAGAAUCAAUGGUAAAGGUGGUGGUGUGUGGGCUCUUUGUGAUCCGCGGGAGCUGGAAAACAUAAUGACAGCACUGGGAAGAACAGAAAAUGAGGCUUUUCAUGGGUAA